AUGUACGAGUUUACGUUACACCUGUAAGUGCCCAGAAUUUCAAGAGUGACGUUGCUAACGUGCACAGGUGUCGGUUGUUGAGGUGGCAGAGCAUUCUCACGAUGACAACUUUCCGUUUUUGACGACGACCGAAGCAUGAACGAGAAAGCCGACGAAGACGUUUUUGUAAGAAAAGAGCUGGACACUUGCCAAUUGUACGGACCAAGGCGAUGUACGAGUUUACGUUACACCUGUAAGUGCCCAGCAUUUCAAGAGUGACGUUGCUAAUGUGCGCAGGUGUAGGUUGUUGAGGUGGCAGAGCAUUCUCACGAUGACAACUUGCCGUUUUUGACGACGACCGAAGCAUGAACGAGAAAGUCGACGAAGACAUUUUUGUAAGAAAAGAUCUGGACACUUGCCAAAGUAGGCUGCUGCAAUAAUUAUUUGCGCGCAACGUUAAAUGCCAACGCUUGGCUGUAUCACUCUCACGUCAACUGCUGCUGAGAACGAGAUGAUUUAACUCUGGAUAAUGUCACAUUGUCCACUGUAAACUCGCUACCCCUAGUCUUUGCUCUGGCGGUUCAAGGAAGUGCGAAAUUGCGCACAGAUAACGGGGAGACUAUACAUUAAGACGGGAAACAGCAGCUGUGGUCAGACAGAAGGCGCAUGUUGAACUAUGGAGAUGUAUACUUCGAGGAAACUUUGCAUCUUGCUGUCGUUCACAUUUUUGUUUUUUACAGGUGUGCUGGCCCAGAUCCAGAUGCCGCAGAGGACCAUGGAAGUGAUCGAGGGUCAGAAAGUGGUGCUGCAGGCCUGGUACAGCCCCAGCUCCAUCACUGGCAAGAACACCGUUCUCUGGAACUUUGUGGCCAAUAACACCCAACUGAUCAUCUCGUACACCCCAGACUCGAUCAGUUUUGGCAGCCCCCAGUUCGGGGAGCGCGUGGGCUUCACGGCCACCAUGCCCUCGGCCAACCUGUCCCUGUACAUCAACAACACGCAGGAGUCGGACUCAGGACGCUACCUCUGCCAGGUCAUCAUCCCCGGGGCCCAGGGCCUGACUGGAGAACUUAGCCUCAACGUCAAUGUCCCUCCUGCUGUCCCAGAGUGCUCUCUGUCAGGGAAGCCAGUUCUGAAGGGCAAUGUCACACUGAGCUGCAAGUCUAAGUCAGGAAAGCCCAUCCCAAUGUACAAGUGGAAGAAGACCAGCCCCCCGUCCGAGGUCUUCUUCUCUCCCAUGCUCAAUGAAAAAACGGGCACGCUGAAGCUGAGCAACUUGAGCAGCAGCAUGUCGGGGAAGUACGUUUGUACGGCCAGCAACACAGCUGGCAAUGACAGCUGCUACAUCAACCUGGAGGUCAUUACCUCGACUAAUGCAGGGAUGAUUGCUGGAGCCACGGUGGGCUCUGUGUUGGUCUUCAUAUUCAUCAUCCUCUUCCUCGUCUACCUUCUGAGGCGAAAGAGAGACUAUGAAGAGGAACGGGCCAACGACAUCAAGUUAGACUCCCUUUCACAAUAUUUCUGUGUUGCAUGCGUUCAUGUGCCCAAAUGCAUGUCAGCCAGUCUCUCACCCCUUGCUCCCUCUCUCUUUCCCUCCUCUCUUUUUCCCCUCUUCAUCCCCAGGGAGGACGCUCAGGCGCCCAAGCGCAUCUCGUGGGCCAAGAGCGCCGGCUCAGGAUCGGACGUGGUCUCCAAGAACGGCACACUCUCCUCCAUCACCACCACUGCCAACAGGCCCCACCAGAGGGAGCCCUCGUCCCAGCACCACCACCACAACCACCACCUCCAGCAUUAUCCCCAACGCCCUCCCUCUGACACAGCCUCCAUCAUCACAGCCACAGGCAGCGUCUCUGGCUACCGCGCUGGACCACGCCACGGAGCAUCCACCCACGGCCAUGCCGUGCCGGACUACGGCUACAACGUGGCUACACCCCUGCCCCGUGUUCAACCGGCUAAUUCUGCAGCAUCCAGUGCCAACGGUAGCCCCAUGCCCAGAACCAAGCACCCACAGUCCUAUACCCAGCCCCAGGCAGCACCUGCUUCCCCGCGCCCACCACCUCUGCCCACCAUUGUGACUGCGUCCAACAUCUCCCGCAUGGGAGGGGUGCCCAUCAUGGUGCCAGCUCAGAACCAGGCUGGCUCGCUGGUGUAACGCCAGUCUGCCAUGGUGCAUUGUCCCUUUACCCUUCAACGCUGUACUUACACACGUAGAUUUUCAAAAGGAAAAGAUUCAACUGCCACUAAGAUAUGUCUAACUCGAGCAUUAAAGCUUGAAUUGGCCUUUGAGAAGCUGGGGCAUUUGAUCCGGUCAAAAUGCAGUGAGGUCAUUAGUAAGACCUUAAAAGAGAUGGACUGUGUUGCUACAUAAGGCAGUUUUAUUUAAUUAAGUAUAUGGAAAUACUUUUUUUUUUUUACACUUUUUAUACUCCGUUUGUAUGCUAAGGAUGCAUAGAUCUGGAUUUCAUACAUUUGUGCAGUAUCUUUUUUUAAAUUAUUAUUGUACUAUCAAUCAAUGUAUUUUUUACAAAGUUUUCCAAUGCAACUUUUUUCGUGGUUGUAUUUACUCUAUCUACCACGUCCUAUGAAGGCCAUUCGAUGACAUCACUUUAAAAUGGGGACAAGAUGUCAUGACACCCACUGGUCAAUGCGUGUGUGUUGCCUGUGUAUUACAGCAAGAACAGUCAAUGCGUGGAUCCCACUGAUGUUUUACUUUAUGCAUUACGCGGAGAUUGUAUCGAUAUGACAACUGUAGAUUAGGACCAAAUAUAAAUAUAUAUGUUUAAUUGUCACAUACACGGAUAGGUGCAGUGAAAUGUGUUUUACAGGGUCAGCAAUAGUAGUGCUGCACCCCUGGAGCAAAUUAGGGUUAUGUGCCUUGCUCAAGGGCACAUUGACAGAUUUUCACCUUGUUGGCUGGGGUAUUCGAACGCUUUAAGCGCUAGGCUACCUGCCGCCCUGUGCUUCAAACCAAAUUUGCAUAUAUUAUUAAUUUUAUUCUCAAAUAUGGUGGACUACUGCUGAAUACCUGUCUAGCCACAUGCAGUUAAGAAAGUUUAAAAAAAGACUGGGCAUACUAGAAUGAUAUUUUCUGCAACAUUUUCUAAAUCCUAGGUAAUCGUUGCCUUUUCAUGUACCUUGUAUAAAACUUCAUGCCAAUGCUCUUUAGACACAGCGCUUAAAACAUUACUAUUUUACUGCAUAGGAAUAGCUUAUAGUAUAAAAUACAAUUUGACACAUUACAUUUGAAUUUAUCAGCUAAGAUAGUGGUUAUAUAUGGUUCCACCAUUGAGUUGUAAUGAUUUUUGGUUGCUCUCCACAAGGAAAUUGUAAAUAAGAUAUUUACUAUUUUUCUUUCGAUUGUAUUUGAGGCUAUUCGUUGAAUCGUAUGUGACGGACUGGAUACAAAACCAAAGAGGUUUCAACUUGUCAACAUCCCAAGCUGAUGACAAAUAUAUUAAUGGAUAAUAGACCCAAAAGGUGUUACAUCAAAUGAGUCUAAUAUGAGGCAUAAAAGAUACAAGGCAUAAAACAAUUACAAAGGGAUUUUGGCUAUGUCACUGAUCAAACUACCCUUGAGUCAAUCUGGACUUCUUUUGAUAGCAUUUACUUUGGCAAAACUCUACUGUCCAAUUUUUACCCUUAGUCUUGAUGGCUCUAUUCAGACAUGUCUGUGUGUAGCAAGGUAAUAUUGUUCCGCUAGGUUAUGAACAAGAUACUUGUAGUAGAUCCAAGAAACAAAGCGUGGCACACAAGGCUACACAUUAAAUAUGCAGUGGAGGUUUGUGUCACUUUAAAUCCGGGGACUGGUUCAUAUUAAUGGCUGGAGUUAAAUGAAUAGAACAGCUUAAAUGAAGCAUGUAGGUUUUCCUUCUAAGCCUAUCCUCAACCUCUGUAUCACUGGAGAAUAGCUAUUGCCAGUACACUGGAGCAGAGAGACACUGUUGGAGCUAGGAACACAAGCAUUUCGCUACACCUGCAAUAACAUCUGAUAAACAUGUGUAUGCGACCAAUAAAAUUUGAUUUGAUGUAAGACACCGUCUUAUGUCCGUUUUAUGCGCACAGAAGGUCAGACAGGAAGAAAAGCCAAAUGCUAAAAAGGAUUAGCCACAACAUCACAGAGGAUGUGACAAUUUUUGUUGUAUGUGACAUACUUGUAUGUGUAGUGGUAUUCAAUGGCAAAUGCUUUUGCUGUUUUAAAGAUGGAAAAAUAUGAAACAAUGUUCAAGACUGGCCUUUUGUGAUACUGUAAUGUAUAUGCAUUAUGUAAUACAGGGAUAGAAUUACAAAACAAACACAAAAUGAUAACAUUGAAUAUCACAGAACAUCUUAUAAAUACUAGUAAUCGAUUAGUUAUAACUGAUAAUGGAACGUAAGAAGACACACUGAUGGCUGUUGUGCUAAUGUAUGUAUAUAUGCUCAACCAUAGACAAAUAUGUACAGUGUUUAAGUUUCUUCAACUUAUAUGUAUAUUGAAAAUACUCUAUCAAUAUUUUUAAUUAAAAGAUGAAUGGUU